AUGCUUCAUCCUAGAUUGCAACGGCAUUUUCCAUCAGGUGUGUACGGGGCGAUUGCGGGCUCGCUUUCCUCCUUGAAGUUGCCACUCGCGAUACUGGCGCUAUUGGCAGCUCCUCUUCGAUGGAAAAAGUACAAAGUGCAACUCAUAUCCGCAACCGCUUGCGAGUCAGAGUGUAAAGAGAAGUUGGACCCGACAGCAGUGUCCUACGUCACGGGAGUGAGGGCUUUGAACAAACACACUAAUGUCGCCACGACGAACUUCACAGUAUUGCGCGAGGCGGGACCUAUAUCAAUGAGUCUAAAGAUCUACCACCUAAAGGGAUCCCGAAAGUCUGAGACCUUCAGAAUGGAGAAGGUGGAUUGUCACAACCCUAUCACAUAUCAGCUGGUUAGAUUGAUCAACCUCAAGUUGACUGACGACUGUAAAAUUGUGCCAGGCAACUAUGUAACUGAGAACAUUAAUCCUCAGGACUUUUCCUGGAUUCUUGCAAAGGCUGUUGGUGAAACUGGCCGAUACGAUUUCUUCAUGUAUUAUUAUACUGAAAAGGGGCUCGCAAUAUGCAACAGUAUUAUUUGUGACAUCCGAGAGAGCCACUGAUUAUUUAAUAAUAUUUAUCAAGAGUACCUAUUCGGAUUCGGAAUAAAAUUAUAAUCAACAUUUUUGUUUCAUUUUUUUUCCAUCUCACGUUGUAAUAAUAUAUAAUACAUAACACGGUUAUUAGGGUUGCGUACCUUAAAGGUACAAAAGGAACCCUUAU